AUGGAUCAACAGAAUCAGUCCGGGGUUCCCGGCCCCGCUGGACGGAAACUCCACAUUGCCCAUCGGAGAAGUCCGUCUGAGCUUACCCCUUUGAUGAUGGAACAACUCGCGCUUCAGCAACAGAUUGAGCUGCUCCAGCAGCAACAACAGCAAAUCGCAGCUACACACCAACAGUACGUUAAUAUGGGCCUGCUACAGCCUCAACAGCUAGGUCAGGUCAACGCUUUCUCUCCUGGUGGUUCUAUGGGAGGCGUCCCGCCUCAAGUCAAUGCUUUCCAGUUCCCUCAGCAGCAACCAGGACAGCAGCAGCUUGGUGUCCCCAUGAACCAGCAGGGCCAUGGCUCUCACCGUCGCAACCAGUCUGCCCUCCCGGGUCUCCCUAUGGGCCCACCUCCCGCUCCUUCGUCUGGAGCUUCCGGAUACGCCGAUUACGGCCAGCAAGGCCCUAAUAACCAGAAGAAUGAGAACACUAACCAUGGUCGUGGUCGUGGAGCUCCCCCCGGUGGUGGCCAUCAGCGCCGUCACUCUCUCGCUCUGCCUGAAGCCAAAAAGGCCGCUGAGUUAGCACAGCAGAAGAAAGCUGCUUCUGGUUUCCAAUUCCCAGCUCCCGCCCCUGGCGCUGCCGGUUCGGAUAACCAGUCUGCGUCCGAUGAUAAAUCUCAAACCAGCACAUCCCCUGCGCCCCAGGGUCUUGGCCUCCAACGCGCGGGCAAUAUUCGCUCCGGAGGUGGCCACGGUCGAAGCCAGUCUAUGGCCAUUGGUGGUAACCGAGGAGGCUCUAUCUCUGGUCGUGGUGCUGGUGGAUUCCAGUUCCCUGCACCCAGCGACGGUGGUCAGUCUGAUAACCAACGCCGUGGAAGUCAGCCAGGCGGCCAUGCCCGCACUGGAUCCCGAAACUUUGAUGGUAACUGGCGUCAGCCAAACAACCAAAACCAAAACCAGGAUCAGAAUAGGUCAAUUGGUCAGCAACAGGGAGGUGGUUUCCAACCUGGCCACCGUUCGCGUGGCUCCAUGAAUCAGUCAAUGGGCUCCAUCGGUCAAUUCCAAUACCCUAACCAGCCCCAACCUCAGCCUCAAUUGAUUCAGCUGCCUCAGGGACAGGUCAUGCUUGCUCCUCAAAUGUUCGGUGGUCAGCAGUUGAACCCCAUGCAACUCGCUCAACUCCAGGCUCUGCAGCAGCAGCAGCAGCAGGGAGGCCAAGGCAUGGGAGGUCUGCAGGCCAGCCAGCACGCCCCACCUCAGUUGUCUGUUCAGCAGCAGCAACAGCAACAGCAGCAGCGUAAGACUCUCUUCACUCCUUACCUUCCCCAGGCCAACCUGCCCGCCCUCAUCAGCAAUGGGCAGCUGGUUGCUGGUGUUUUGCGUGUGAACAAGAAGAAUCGUUCCGAUGCCUAUGUUACUACCACCGAUCUGGAUGCCGACAUUUUCAUCUGCGGUAGUAAGGAUCGUAACCGUGCCCUCGAGGGUGAUUUCGUUGCUAUCGAGCUCCUUGACGUUGAUGAAGUCUGGUCUCAGAAGAAAGAAAAGGAGGAAAAGAAGAAGCGCAAGGACAUCACCGAUGCGCGUUCAAACAGCAACGCUGGCAACGAUAAGCUCGGCCGAUCAGACUCCAAUGGCGACCGCCAAGAAGUUGGUCCGGAUGGAAGCAUCCGUCGUCGUGGCAGUCUCCGUCAGCGUCCUACGCAAAAGAAGAACGACGAUGUCGAAGUUGAGGGCCAGAGUCUUCUGCUGGUUGAGGAAGAUGAGAUUAGCGAUGAACAAAAGCCCCUUUAUGCUGGACAUGUCGUUGCCGUCAUCGAGCGUAUUGCAGGCCAAAUGUUCUCUGGUACCCUAGGUCUUUUGCGCCCUAGCAGCCAAGCUACCAAGGAGAAGCAGGAGGCUGAACGCCAGGCCAGAGAUGGUGCUCAUGGACGCCACCAGGAUCGUCACCAGGAUAAGCCGAAGAUUGUUUGGUUUAAGCCCACGGACAAGCGUGUGCCUCUAAUUGCUAUCCCUACUGAGCAAGCUCCGCGGGACUUUGUUGAGAAGCACCAGGAUUAUGCUAACCGCAUCUUUGUUGCUUCUAUCAAGAGAUGGCCCAUCACUUCCCUCCAUCCUUUCGGUACCCUUGUCGAGCAACUCGGAGAAAUGGGUGACCUGCGGGUUGAGACAGAUGCCUUACUUCGUGAUAACAACUUCGGGUCUGAUGACUUCUCUGAUGCUGUCACUAAGAGCAUCGGUCAUGAAGAUUGGACCGUUGCUAAUGAGGGGGAUGCUUUGUCUACUCGCCGUGACUUCCGUGAAGAGACCAUCUUCACCAUUGAUCCAGAGGACACCAAGGCCCUCGAAGAUGCUUUCCAUGUCAAGAAGCUUGCUGAUGGAAAGAUCGAGAUCGGUGUUCACGUGGCUGAUAUUGCUCACUUCGUCAAGGGCAACUCCUUGGUUGAUCGCGAGGCCAAGAAGCGCGGUACUGCAGUGUAUCUGAUGGACCGGGUCAUGAACAUGCUCCCGGCUCGCGUUUCCAACGAGCUUUGCUCCCUUAUCCCUGGCGAGGACCGUCUGACAGUGAGCGUCGUGUUCAAGGCUAACCCCGAGACUGGCGCUGUUGACGAUGAUGUCUGGAUCGGAAAGGGUGUCAUCAAGAGUGCAGGCCGCCUUAGCUACGAGGAGGUCAAUGCUGUGGUUGACGGCAAGUCAGACAAAACUUCCGCUGGUAUCACCAAUGAUAACAUUCAAUUGAUGAACACCAUUGCACAGAAGUUCCGUGACGCUCGUUUCGGCAACCGAGUCGCAAAUGUUCCUCCCCUUCGAAUUUUGCAGCAACUCGACGACGAGAACGUACCUGUGGAGCAUAACAUUUUCGACUCCACCCCCGCUCAUGAACUCGUGGAAGAGCUUAGUCGCCAGGCCAACUUCUUCGUGGCUCGCAAGAUCGCCAGUGCUAUGCCCGAGAAGGCAUUCCUGCGUCGCCUGUCUUCUCCCAACUCCCGUCGCUUGACAUUGUUUGUGGAGAGAAUGAACCGCCUCGGGUACGGCAUCGAUGCUUCUAGCAGUGGCUCUUUGCAGAGUACUCUCUGUAAGGUGCAGGAUGUGGAUAUCCGCAAGAUGCAGGGAAUGGAAACUUUGCUUGCCAAAGCUAUGCAGCGUGCCAAGUACUUUGUUGGAUCUAGUGUGGCUGAUGAGCAGCGUCUUCAUUACACUUUCAACGUCCCUGUUUACACUCACUUCACUAACCCAUCUCGCCGCUACACAGAUAUCAUCGUACACCGUCAACUUGAAUCCAUUCUUUCGGAGGGUGCUAUUGAGUUCACUGAUGAUAUUGAAUCCCUGACCAAGACUGCCGAUCUUUGCAACAACAAGAAAGACUCUGCCCACAAUGCGCAGGAGCAAAGUGUCCACAUUGAAGCUUGCCGCAGCAUGGACCGAAAGGCUCAUGAGAUUGGAGGCGACCUCAUUGCCGAGGGUAUUGUGCUCUGUGUCUACGAGUCUGCUUUCGAUGUUCUAAUCCCCGAGUACGGCUUUGAGAAGCGUGUACACUGCGAUCAGCUGCCCCUCAAGAAGGCAGAGUUCCGCAAAGACAACCGUGUUCUCGAACUCUACUGGGAGAAGGGUGUUCCUUCUUCUGCUUACGUUCCCGAGGACGAGCGUCCUAAGCCUGGAAACUCUCGCGCUGCCCAAGCUGCUGCCGCUGCUCGUGAGGCUGAGGCUGCUAAGGAGCGUGCUCGCGAGCGUGACGAGGCGAUGCGCAAGCAAACCGAAACUAGCACCAUGUCUGCGGACAACGUUGAUGCUUUGUUCGACGACGACGACGAUGAUGAUGAUGAUGAUGACGUGGACGAGGUGACUGAAGCAGCUGCUGGUGUCUCUCUCAACUCGGCUGACCGGUCGACCCAGAGCAUGCCCCCAUCGCCCACUCGCAAUGGCCAUCACCAGCAGGCACCUCACCGUACUCGCUCCGACCCUAAGAUUGCCUCAAGCACAAAUGAUGCACCCGAGAGCAAGCUGACCAACAAGGAGAAGUACUUGAAGCUGUUCAAGCUGAGAGAGGAAGAUGGCGAUUUCAUUCAGGAUGUGACCGAAAUGUCCCGAGUUCCCAUCAUCCUCAAGACCGAUCUAAGCAAGAGCCCACCAUGUCUCACUGUUCGCUCUGUGAACCCUUACGCUCUGUAA